GCUCGCCCACAGGCUCGAGGUUCACCAACACACCUGAGGAAGAGGAAGAGGACGGCAACACCGCAGAAACAUGAGAAUACUUUUAACAGCUAUUUUAAUGUUCCUUUUGGGAAUAAUACAUCCAGUCAGUACGGGGGCUUCUGUCCUUCCAGAUGAUUUGGAGGGAUCAGGAUAUGAUGAUGAGGGUUCAGGUUCAGGGGCUUUGUCAGAAAAAGUCUCACUUGAUGAAAAUAAAAAUGACAAGAGUCAGCCCAACACCAAAGGAGACCGGCGUUUCACAGUAAAAGCAGAGGAAGGAAGCAAGGAUGAUUUCUAUGGUUUUUCAGACAGGGCUUUUGAUGGUACACAUUGGUCUGCAGGGGAAACUAUUGUGGCAAAAAGCAAGACUGUCUUCGAGAACAAAGAAACACUAGCAGGUAUUAUUGCAGGGGGAGUAACGGGACUGGUAAUGGCCAUCAUUCUUGCAGGAGUAUUAAUCUAUAAAUGGCAAAAGAAAGAUGAUGGGGGAUACAUUCUGGGCCAGCAAAGAGCUUCAGAUGAAGAUUGUCACAGAUCCCAUGGGGAUGAGAUUGUUGUAGUUUAACUGUCACACCAAAAAAAAAAAAAAGAAGAAAACAUUACACUGAGGUGACAAAGCCAGGCAUUUUUCCUUCUGUUUUCACUGGGAAA